CUCAAAACCCUGUCCACCAUAGACUCAGAAUUUCAGCUUCUUCUCCAAAUCUUCCAUGACUACCUCUACUCACAAGCAGCUUGAAGUUUUUACAGAUGAUCACACUCCACAGAAAUGGUGUGUUCUAUUGAGAGAAGAAGUGUUCAAGAAGUUCAUGUCUCAAGGUAGUCCAAUAGUGCACAAGGUGUUUGGUAGUGGAUCAUUUUUCAGUCCUCUUUUGUUUGGGAAAUUCUUUGAUCCUUCUGAUGCUUUUCCACUGUGGGAGUUUGAGUCGGAUAUCUUAUUGUCUAGUCUAAGAAGCUCUGGCCAGAGCACUAUUGAUUGGUCUCAGACAGAUCAAGAUUAUGUGCUCAAAGCAGAACUACCAGGAGAAGGGAAAAACAGUGUUCAGGUGUAUGCUGAAAAUGGGAAGGUUUUGGAGAUUAGUGGGCAGUGGAAGCAGCAGCAGCCCAAGACAAACAGUGCAAGAGAUUGGAGAUGUGGGCAUUGGUGGGAAUCUGGGUAUGUUAGGAGGCUUGAGCUCCCACAAGAUGCAGAUUGGAGAAAGAUAGAGGCAUAUGUUACAAAUGACCAGAUUCUGGAAAUCAAAAUUCACAAGAUCAACAACCCCUUGGAUUCUGAUAAUAAUCAGAACACUACUGCAUAAGAUAUGUGAUGAAGGAAUGAAUCAGUGUAAGUAGGCCUAAAACAUAUUACUGGGGACCUUUUCAUUUUGACACUACUGUGUAGAGAUUAUGAUGAUUUACUGCUUCACCUCAUAGCUGACGUAAACAAUUAGUAUGUAGCAAUUGGAUAAAUGCACAACAACGGGGAUGUAGCAUGCGAGAGGUACGGGGAUCGAUACCCCGCAUCUCCAAGCAAAGAUUUUUUACGUUUUCGUUGCUUACUGCUUGUCUGCUUAUACAGCUCACCAUUUUUUUCUUCCCCCUUUUUGUAAUUUAAAGUUCAA